AUUCCACAGACCAUACUAUGGAUCUCAAGCUUGUCAAGAAACUUUAAUCGAGAAGGCAUCACUUUAGACUUCACUUGGCUCUUCCAGCCAUCAUCAUUGUUAUGCGAAUACAUUGUUCGUAAUUGGCUGCGCGAGUGCGAGUGCGAGAAAAGACCCAUGAGGAUGGAUAUUACGGGGAAUGCGACGAACUUAUAUUCUCCGACUAUGAGGAUCAAUAUGCAUAAUGUCCGGCAUUGAUUUUAUAAAUUGUCUAAGAGGGGGGCCCAGCAACUCUCUUCGUCUGGUAGUGGGUAUCCGGGGUCUUUCGAUCCACGAUGAUGGCAGUGAUCACCAAAGGCAGCGCAAAACUCACUAUGUUGCUUGCCUUGUGCGAUUCGUUUCUUCGGACCGUCCUAUGAUAGGUUCAUCUAAUAUGACAGGAUGGAAUUAAAGUGUUGUAAUACAAGGAGUCUUGUUUGAGAAGGGGGAUGUUCUAGAAGCUAUUAAUAUGAUAAAUACUUCGAUCUGCUGUUCUAGAACGAUACUCACAGCUCACUCACAUUAAAUCACUUCAAUUUCAAAUACACAAUUACUCCUACAAGCCAAUAUGAGACUUAACGUUCUUCCCGCUACUCUAGCCUUUGGCUUGGUCACUGCUAGAGCUCACUAUCACCAACAUGAUGCCGUCAAUGAUACUGAAGGUGUUUGGAUAGCACCUACAGAUACCGACUUCCGCGGUCCAUGUCCCAUGAUGAACACCCUGGCAAAUCAUGGGUUUCUUCCCCGCGAUGGCAGGAAUCUUACAGAAUACAACGUUGUCAAGGGUCUCAACGAUGGUCUCAACUUCAACAAAUCUCUUGCAACAAUCAUGUUUCAACAAGCCAUACCAGUUAGCCCAGCUUACCCCAAUACCACUUCCUUCACUCUCGACGAUCUGAACCGCCACAAUGUCCUCGAACACGACGGAAGUAUAAGUCGUUCCGACGCCUACUUCGGCAACAACCACGUUUUCAACCAAACCAUCUUCGACACCACAAAAGUCUACUGGCCCUCCGAGGUCCUCACCGCUCAACAUCUCGUCGACGGUAAACUCUUCCGACAAAUCGUUUCUCGCUCCACCAAUCCCAACUUCACAUUCACCUCCACCGUGGAAGCAUUCAGUCUUGGAGAGAUGGCCGCGCCAAUUGUCGCUUUUGGUGAUAAAUUUGCGGUUACGGCGAAUAGAACUUUGGUUGAGAGUUGGAUUGAAAAUGAAAAAUUGCCUACUGAAUUGGGAUGGAGUAAACCAGUCGAGGAGGUUACUUUGGAUGAUAUCUCAUACGUGACGCAGUAUCUUGGCAACCUUACUACGGUUCAGAGCGAUAUUGUUCUUACACCAAGAGAUCAGACUACUAGUGCCCAUGCUAAACGUAUGGGUCAUUGGGGUAUCUCCAUGUAAGAGGAGUUUGGAAGGAAAUGCAGGGGAAGCAUAGCUAGAGUGAUUUGGGGAGGAAAUGUUUGAUUAAAUUGAAUGAAAGUUCUUGGUGUGUAGGAGAUAUAUUGGAUUCGUUUUUUUACAUAGAGAUCAUCUUUUUGAAUGAAACAGUUCCUGGGCUCGAACUUUCGAGCAUCCAUGAAUAAAUUCGUUUUCUCAUACCCCAAUUGAUGCAAGCAAGCAUUUGGACAAAAUCAAUUUAUGUGUGGAAACUCGAACCUGUAGUUAGAAGUAGAUGACAGA